CUCUUUUUAAAGAGAAGGAAAAGGAGAAAACCUUCGCGAAGGGGGAGCGGAGCGUGGGAAUCUAACCCCUCACCCUCUCUCCUUGUCGCUGUGAAAUCUCCAGCUCCCCCCAUCCCAGUUGGUUUUACCCCGCUUCGCCUUCCCAUCCCCCCGCGCGCUGCGUGAUUUGGUAUCUCCCGCUCCUCCUCUCCCCCCUCCCUCUCAGAGGAGUUGUUUCGGUCGCGUCCGGCUCUGGGCGCGGCGGUGCAGCCGCAUCACCGGGUCCGGGCGGGGCGGGAUCGCUCCGCGCGCUCGAGAGUCGAGUCCCGGCCGCCUCCGCCGCGCGCCCGGAGUAGCGACAGCAGGCGCAGCAGAGCCCGAUCCUUCCGCCCCUGGAGCAGCAGGAGCAGCAGCAGCGGAAACGAGUCCCCACCCCCCUCCUCCCCACCCCCUUACCCCCCCCAAGGCGGCGGCGGCGCUGCUGCAGCAGCAGGAUUGUGGCCAGCUGAGAGGGGCUGCAGGCCAGGCCCCCUGCGCCAGAAUCCACCAUGAGUGAACUGGAGCAGUUAAGGCAGGAGGCGGAGCAGCUGCGGAACCAGAUCCGGGAUGCAAGGAAAGCGUGUGGGGACUCCACGUUGACUCAGAUCACAGCUGGCCUCGAUCCGGUUGGCCGGAUCCAGAUGCGGACGAGGCGCACUUUGCGGGGUCACCUGGCCAAAAUCUAUGCCAUGCACUGGGGGACGGACUCCAGGCUGCUGGUUAGUGCCUCCCAAGAUGGGAAGUUGAUCAUUUGGGACAGCUACACCACAAAUAAGGUCCACGCCAUCCCCCUGAGGUCGUCUUGGGUGAUGACUUGUGCCUACGCUCCAUCCGGAAACUACGUUGCUUGUGGAGGCUUGGACAACAUCUGCUCCAUCUACAGCCUCAAAACCCGCGAGGGAAACGUCCGAGUCAGCCGGGAGCUCCCAGGACACACGGGCUACCUCUCCUGCUGCCGGUUCCUUAACGACAACCAGAUAAUCACCAGCUCUGGAGACACAACCUGUGCCCUGUGGGACAUUGAGACAGGCCAACAGACCACAACCUUCACGGGCCACAGUGGCGACGUCAUGUCCCUGUCCUUGUCGCCUGACAUGCGCACCUUCGUCUCGGGCGCCUGCGAUGCUUCCAUCAAGCUGUGGGACAUCCGAGACAGCAUGUGUCGGCAGACGUUCACGGGGCACGAGUCUGACAUCAACGCGGUCUGCUUUUUCCCCAACGGGAACGCCUUCACCACGGGCUCAGACGAUGCCACCUGCCGCCUUUUUGAUUUGCGCGCCGAUCAGGAGCUCAUGAUGUACUCCCAUGACAACAUCAUCUGCGGCAUCACCUCGGUGGCCUUUUCCCGAAGCGGCCGCCUCCUGCUGGCUGGCUAUGACGACUUCAACUGCAACAUCUGGGACUCCAUGAAAGGGGACCGGGCAGGGGUCCUUGCCGGCCAUGACAACCGCGUCAGCUGCCUGGGCGUGACGGAUGAUGGGAUGGCGGUCGCCACUGGCUCCUGGGACAGCUUCUUGAAAGUCUGGAACUGAGUUGUAGCUCUGCUUUGGGGGUGGAGGGGAAAGGGAGGGGAAGAAGAGUGGGAUGGUCCCUUCAUGCCUCCCCCUCCCAAUAAUCCAGCUUCUGUCCCUCUCUCCUGCUGACUUGAACGGGAGGGCUGUGGCCUUGAAUCCCACCACCCCACAAUACACAUUUAAAACUAUUCUGCCCAAGCCAGCUUUCUGUCUGGGAGGGAGGAGGAAGGGGCUGUAGUCUCUAGCAAGUUCUUCUGCGGACGGGUGUAUGACUGUGCCUCUCUCUGCUAUAAAAAGGGAUUGCAGGGGAUGGGUCAAAAGGAAGUCCUGUUUGGGGUCUUUCACCUUCCCUUCCCCCCCCCCACAAAGCAGGGGGAGGAGGAGAAGAGUGAAGCAGGCCAGAUGGUCAGAACCUUUUUGCCGUUGCAGUGCAGGGGGAAAAGGAGCUUCACCUGCUGUUUGGCAACGGAGGGAGAGGAAAGGCAAGAGAGCAUUAUCUCCUACCCACCCCACACGUGCACACAAGAGGCUCUGCUCCCUCCACAGCAGGUGUAAAUCUUUAGUGUUGAUGAUUUUUGUGCCCUCUCCUUCUGCCUCCCUCUUUUUCUCCCUGCCCCCCUCUUUCCUGGUGGUGCUUUGAGGAAUUGUGGCAGUACCCAAGGCAAGCGUGGCCUCUCCAGCCGUGGCCUUGUUUCCUCCUAUCUGUGGCUGGUUUUGUAAAGGCAAAAAGGGGGUUGGCGAUGGGCCCGCCUCAGCCGUGGCAGGUCUGUGUGUAACCUGUAAACAACAGAAACCAACAGCC